AUGGCAGAAGAACGAUCUGAACGAUCCGAUGGAAAGAUUGUCAAAAUGGAGAUCGACUAUAGCUCAACUGUAGACCAACGUCUCCCGGAAUGCGAGAAAAUGGCAAAAGAUGGCAAGCUGCAAGAGGCAGUUGAAAGCUUGUUGUCAUUGGAGAAGCAAACUAGAACGGCAUCUGACAUGGUGUCCACGUCCAGAAUUCUUGUGGCUGUGGUUCAAAUGUGUUACGCAGCAAAAGACUGGGAUGCCCUGAAUGAAAACAUUAUGCUGCUUUCUAAAAGAAGGAGUCAGCUCAAACAGGCUGUUGCAAAAAUGGUGCAAGAAUGUUACAAGUAUGUUGAUUCUGUAACUGAUUUGACCAUCAAGCUGCGGCUCAUCGAUACUCUGCGCACUGUGACUGCUGGAAAGAUCUAUGUUGAGAUUGAGCGUGCCAGGCUCACAAAGACAUUGGCUAAUAUCAAGGAAAAAAGUGGAGAUGUAAAAGAGGCAGCAUCCAUUCUUCAAGAGUUGCAGGUUGAGACAUAUGGCUCAAUGGAGAAAAAAGAGAAAGUGGAGUUCAUCUUGGAACAGAUGAGGCUCUGCGUUGCUGUCAAGGAUUACAUUCGGACACAGAUCAUUAGUAAGAAAAUAAACACCAAAUUCUUCCAAGAGGAGGGCAGUGAGGAGCUGAAGCUUAAGUACUACAACCUAAUGAUUCAGGUGGACCAGCAUGAGGGAUCCUACCUGUCUAUCUGCAAACACUAUCGAGCCAUUUAUGACACCCCUUGCAUCUUGGAAGACAGCAGCAAGUGGCAACAGGCUCUGAAGAGUGUCGUGCUGUAUGUGAUUCUUGCCCCAUAUGACAAUGAGCAGUCUGACCUCGUACACAGAAUCAGUGCAGAUAAGAAGUUGGAAGAGAUUCCCAAAUACAAGGACCUCUUGAAGCAAUUCACCACCAUGGAGCUUAUGCGCUGGGCUGCCCUGGUGGAGGAUUAUGGGAAAGAGCUCCGAGAGGGCUCAUCCGGGAGCCUCGCUACAGAUGUCUUUUUGUAUUCUGAGGAGGGAGAGAAGCGGUGGAAGGAUCUGAAGAACAGAGUGGUGGAGCAUAACAUAAGAAUAAUGGCCAAAUAUUACACCAGAAUCACAAUGAAGAGGAUGGCCGGGCUACUUGACCUCUCUGUUGAUGAAUCUGAGGAGUUUCUCUCCAGCCUUGUUGUGAACAAGACCAUCUACGCCAAGGUGGACCGUUUGGCUGGGAUAAUCAACUUUCAGAGGCCCAAAGAUCCCAACGACCUACUCAACGACUGGUCACACAAACUCAACUCCCUUAUGUCGCUGGUCAACAAAACAACACAUCUCAUUGCGAAGGAGGAAAUGAUCCACAACCUGCAGUGA